GCCACAUUUUGUAGCCCAAGCCCUAAUUUUUUUAGCCCUGGGAUGACCGGGCCAUGCUGGGCACCGGCCCAUUCCCACCGCUGCUUGGUGGUUACUUCCGCUAUCUCACCGAUCACCAUAAGCCGUUGGGUUUCCUGGUCGUUAGAUAAUUAGGUGAUCAUCCCUUAUACAAGGGCAAGGCCCCCUGGUUUUCGCAACUUAAAAGGUUACCAUUUUGAGCUUCCAAAGUUCAUCAAUGGCGGCGAUCUCUUACACCUGUCCUCUCUCUUGGGACGCGCUUCGUUUUCCCUCUUCUUCGCUGAAAUUUUGCCCAACGUUUCCGGCGAAAAUCUCUGGCAUUCGGCGGAUCAAAUGUCAGUCUUCGGCUGCGGCUCCUUCUUUUACCUCAGCUGUUAAUGUAAAUGAAAAGACAGGCCAUAAAGAUUUCAUUCACAUCAGUGAUUUCGAUAAAGAAACAAUAAUGAAGAUUCUCCAAUGUGCUUCAGAGGUCAAGGCAAAGCUAAAGUCAGGGGAUAGAAAUUUCCUCCCAUUUAAAGGGAAGUCAAUGGCAAUGAUCUUCACGAAACCAUCCAUGAGAACUAGAGUCUCAUUUGAGACAGGUUUUUUCUUGUUGGGUGGCCAUUCAAUUUAUCUAGGUCCUGAUGAUAUCCAGAUGGGUAAACGGGAGGAGACUCGUGAUAUUGCUCGAGUUCUUUCAGGUUACAACGAUAUCAUUAUGGCCCGCGUAUUCACUCAUCAGGACAUUCUUGACUUGACCAAAUAUGCCACCAUACCAGUCGUGAAUGGGCUGACAGACUACAACCAUCCCUGCCAAAUAAUGGCUGAUGCACUUACCAUAAUCGAACACAUCGGCCAUCUUGAAGGAACUAAGGUUGUGUAUGUUGGUGAUGGGAAUAACAUUGUUCAUUCAUGGCUUCUACUGGCAUCUGUGGUACCUUUCCAUUUUGUGUGUGCAUGUCCAAAAGGCUUUGAACCCGAUGAGGAGACAGUCAGGAAAGCCAAAAGCACAGGAAUCAGCAAGAUUGAAAUAACAAAUGAUCCAAAGGAAGCAGUUGUUGGAGCAGAUGUUGUUUAUUCAGAUGUUUGGGCCAGCAUGGGUCAGAAGGAAGAGGCCGAGUAUCGCCGGAAAGUAUUCCAAGGCUUUCAGGUGGACGAGGCAUUGAUGGAGAUCGCCGGUUCAAAGGCAUAUUUUAUGCACUGCCUCCCUGCAGAGAGGGGAGUGGAGGUCACGGAUGGUGUGAUUGAAGCCCCAUAUUCCAUUGUAUUCCCACAGGCUGAGAACCGCUUGCACGCUCAAAACGCCAUCAUGCUGCAUGUACUUGGCUUAUAACCAACAUCGAACGAGAGAGAGAGAGAGAGAGAGAGAGAGAGGUAACGCGAUUUUGGCAGAGAUAUUCUUAGGAACAGAUGAUAGGGGCAAUUGACAUAAGAUCACAUACUUUCGGUAUACUGUCUUUGAAAUUACAUGAGUGAUGCUGGUUGUGGUUGGAUUCAAAUGAAAUGAUGAUGCUUUCCAACUUUAGACAAAAGAAUACAUUUUCUGCUGCUGAAGGCAAAAGACCUUUCACGAUUGAA